AAUAAACGAAGAGACACGAAGGACGACAAAACAGCGGAGAGACAGAGGGAGCCUUAGAGCAGCUCUUCUCGUAUGUGAUGUAUUUCCUCUCUCUCGCCCUCAAACCCUAGCUUCCUCUCUCUCUCUCUCUCCUGAAUCUCACACUUCUCAAUCUCUCUCAAAUCAGCGAUUCGCCAAUCUCAAUCUCUCUCCAAUUCUCCUGAUCCCCAAAACCCUAACUUUCCCAAUCCUUAUCCACCUCGUCCGGCGCACAGAAUCUAGGGUUUUCUUUUCACGCCAUGCGAGGCCUCAGAGCUUGACCAACUCUACAAUCGUCGUCGAAUCUGAGAGCAUGUACAGGGAUCGCGGAGGUGGUGGCGGCGGCUCCUCGAAAUCGGAGAUGGUUGGUGGACCGCUCGAUCGGAAGCGCAUCAACGAUGCGCUGGACAAGCAUCUAGAGAAGUCUUCCCCGUCCACUUCCAGGGCCUUGAGCAGCAAGGACAAGGAGAGGCUCUCCGUCCCCUCAACUUCCGCCGGCAAAUCGCAGCUUGAUCACCGCGAUUCUCGCUCCGCCGCCGCCGCCGCCGCCUCUCUCUCUAAGAAUAAAUGCUCUGAUGAAGAAUCCGAGACAGACAGUGAGGAAUCGGAUGUUAGCGGUUCUGAUGGAGACGACACUUCUUGGAUUUCAUGGUUCUGCAAUUUGCGAGGGAAUGAGUUUUUCUGUGAAGUGGACGAUGAAUACAUCCAAGACGAUUUUAACCUUUGCGGUUUGAGCAGUCAAGUUCCGUAUUAUGAUUACGCGCUUGAUCUGAUUUUGGACGUUGAAUCUUCUCAUGGUGAUAUGUUCACCGAGGAGCAAAAUGAGUUGGUUGAAUCAGCAGCAGAGAUGCUGUAUGGUCUAAUUCAUGUCCGUUACAUACUUACUAGCAAAGGAAUGGCUGCAAUGUUGGAGAAGUACAAAAAUUAUGAUUUUGGGAGGUGCCCAAGAGUUUACUGCUGCGGUCAACCUUGCCUUCCAGUUGGCCAGUCGGACAUUCCUCGUUCUAGUACUGUGAAAAUUUAUUGCCCAAAGUGUGAAGACAUUUAUUACCCUCGAUCCAAGUACCAAGGCAACAUUGAUGGAGCUUAUUUUGGAACCACAUUCCCUCAUUUAUUUCUGAUGACAUACGGGCACCUUAAGCCGCAGAAGGCAGCACAGAGUUAUGUCCCGAGAGUUUUCGGCUUCAAGAUACACAAGCCGUGACCACAGGAUACACGAAGAUGGAUAUGAAUUCAGUUCUUCCUUACCAGUUACCCCCAUUGUUGGUCAGUUUGCAUUCUUGCCUCAAGCCUCUGUUGAAAUAGGAAUGGCUCGUAUAAGUGAGAGGUAAAAUGCAGUAUAUGCCGGAGAGUAUCACAAUUGAUUUGUUAAAGGGAAUGUUCAAAAAAUGCAAAUUAGUCUAUUGGCACAGUAAAUUUUUCGUCUUUAAAUGUUACUUGUGAGAUUAACAAAGCGUAUGUAAGUCUACUCCAUUUUUUUUUCUUU